AUGAGCGCCGCACAUCGCAACAGUCCGCCCAAUGCAUCGUGUAUGCGUCCGUAUGUGCUUAUGUCUAUGUGUAAUGUACGUGUUUCGAUAUAUGCGCAAUGUUUAAAAUCAGGCAGGUGGUCUCGGCCGCCUUUAUCUUUUCGCGAUAUCUCGUCCACUCAGUGCGUAGCACGAGAUCCGAUUCGUGCAUCUGUGCGAAACAGUGCCUUAUUGCCAAAUAUCCAGCGGCCUCUUAUGAGCGAGGAAGAAAUGUGCAUGCGCGGAGAGGAGAAAGCGUUACUAUGCAUUCCUUUACAUUGA